AAACCGCAGAAAACAAACCUCCCGGAAGCCGCUAUGCCGACGCCGGCCGAAGCCGGCAACAGGAAAACUCCGACCGGGCAAUGCAGCAAUUGUUGCGUCUCCACCCUCCACUUCCUCCAUCACGUGUGCCACCGUGGCAUCCAGAGGCUGCUCUGCACCUCCUGCGUGCUUCGCUUCCAUCCGACCUCCUUCUGCCCCAGUUGCUUCACCUUCUACGACGGCGUCCUACCCCACCCCUCCAAGCGCAUCUCCUGUUCUAAGUGCGCCUCCUUUACCCACACCCACUGUGCCGCCACCUCGCCGCUCCCUCCAUACAUUUGUCCUCCUUGCAAGAACUCCUCUUUCUCCUUCUUCCACCAAUCCGACAGGAUCGACAAGAGGCAAGCCAUUGUGUUGCUCUGUGCUUCGAGGAUUGCCAUCUCCUCAAUGAAUAAAUCGACUGCGUCUGCCAGGAAGGAGGCUGAGAGGAAGGUGAGAGAGGCAGCAGUUGCCCGGAUGCGAGCGAGAGAGGCGCUGGAGCAUCUUGUAUGGGUUUCCAAUGAAGAGAAGGUCAGGAGGCAGAAUGAGAGAUCGAUGGAGAUUAACAAAAACAAUGGAAAUGUGGAGGUUGUCAGCAAGGUUGAAGAGAUGGAAGAUGACAAUGGAGAUUUCGAUAGUCUUUUGAGGCAUUUGGAGAAUAGUUUGAUCAAGGAACAGGUCUGAAUUGGAUUCUUCAUUUCAGUUUUCUUUCAUUUUCUUGUUACCCAAACAAUUGUUUGCAUUGCCAUAUUCUUUUGUUUCUUCUUUCCAUGAUUGUUCAAGGAAAGAAAAAACAUCAAAUCCUCUUGAAUUUUUAGGAAGGGGACAGAUUUGUUCUUGAUUUGUGGGCAUAUAGUCUUCAUAAUGAAAGCAAUUUAAUCUU